GAUAGUGAAUUAUUGUCAUAGUUUCAAAUGCAAAAUUUGAUUAAUCAUUUUAUCAGUAUAUUAAGAAAGGUUUACAUGCAAAACAUUUGUGGUCGACAGUCAUAAUAUUAGUCUAUCAGAUAUGAAAUAAGAUUUGUGUACAUUUUGAUUCACAAUUUAUGUGAUUACACUUUUUUGUCUGCAAGAUUUUAACAAUGUCCGAGCCAAAUAACCCAUUUGCUGGUUUGCUGGGAGUCCCAGAGGCGAAGGCAACAAGUAAUAAUACAAAUUAUGUGAACCCGGACGAAUCUUUACAAGACAACCCUAAGAAAUCACAAGAGGAUGAGGAUGCUGAAAUAAUUAACAACAUUGUUGAGAAUGUUUUUCACUUCACGAUAAACGCAAAUGCACUAAAGGGACCUCAAAACAACAGACAGUUGAUAUUCUUAGAAGAACUAGCUGAAGCGAUGAAACCUCGCAUUCACAUAGAUUUGGAGGCAUUAGAACAGGCACUGUUCGAAAGACUACUUUUGCCUGACAUUGAACUGUGUGUUAUACCCAAAAGUAAUAAAGUAUUUCAAGAACAUGUGGUUCAGAAGCAAGUGUUUUCGUAUUUGUUUAGCUCUAUUCAGACCCUUCAAUGUUAUGAAAACCAUAGUUCUAAUGUUGUGAAAAAUGGGGUGCAAAAGAUGCGCGAGCUAAUUUUCAGAAAUGCUGUAACAGCUCUUAAGCAACCAGCUCUGUUUGAGGGGCAAGACUUCACUACACAACUUGUAGAAUUAUUGAAACAUGUUGAUCCUCAAAGUCAUGCAUUCUUUAUCGACAUUGUAAAGGCAUUUGUUUUUGAUGGUGAAGAUGGUGUUCAGGAACAGUUGCGAGACACAAUGGUGCCAGUUCUACAAAUGCUACAUACUGAAGUAAACAAGUCCAAUAUAAUCAACCUUCCAAUCUACAUCCUACCAUCUAUACAUAUUUUUGCCAGUCAUCCAAACCUAGCACAAAUUUUAAUGGAAACAUGUGAACCAAAAAAUAAAACUAAUGGAAGGUUUUACCAAGACUCAGUAAUAGGCGCACUUCUGAGCCUAUCAGUUCUACCGAGAACAUCUUCCUCAUUCCAUCAGUUCUUUGAUAACCCAAUGGAUCAGUCUGCAAUAUCAUUGAUGGAGACAUCUAUUUGGAAUGCAUCUUCACAUCUCACUAACAAUCUGCACAAGAUAUUCCUGACACUGCUGAAAGGGGGUCCACAGAUGAGAAACCGUUUACUGUCAUGGAUUGGAAACUGUUUAAAGAUGAAUGUUGCUAAAGGCAAGCUGUGGAAUGUUCAGGCUGGUGAAGUAAGUGCAGCAACACUGAGCUGUGUCUCGGAUGGCUUCAUGUUGAACCUCGGAGCAGUACUUCUCCAGCUAUGCCAGCCAUUCUGCACCACUGCUGAUGACCCCAAAUCACUCAAAAUUGACCCCACAUAUGGUGCUGUACCUCCAGAAGAAUGUGAAGCCAAAUCAGUACACCUUGACUGCCUACACAGCGAGACGAGUCUGCUGCCAUCUAGGGAAGAUGAAAACAACCAGUCAUUGAAGAGGCCUACAGCUGAAACCUACAAUUUUGUUACUGAGUGCUUUUUCAUGACGCAAAAAUGUAUUGAUUUGGGAGUCCGAGUGUGCGCAGAGAAGCUCUACCGCUGCGGACAGGAGCUGGGGCGCGCGCAGCGAGCCAUGGCCGACGUGGGCGGCGCGCACCACCUGCUCGAGCCCAUGCGGCAGAGGACUCACCAUCUCAUGACCAAAUUCGUGAGCCUCCGCUGUGCGCUACUGGAGAGUGAAAUGCUGACCAAUCUAAACCGACUGCAAGCCACCACUUGCACUUGGCUAGUGCAAGUAGCUAUCCGACCCGAUCCCGCUACGCCGCAAACGAACUACGCGCCUACAAGUAUUGUACCAGUGGACAUGCCUAUCCGGACACCGCCACCUGAUACUUUACGGUGCAUCCCAGAAUUCGUGCUUGAGAACAUAGUGGUGCUAAUAACAAUGGCGCGGCGUACAGUCGGCGCCAUCACGGAAGAAGCUGACGUAGCGGGGUUAUUACAGCCCGCGCUCACGCUCGUGCUCACGUUCAUGGGCGACUCCGGCCGCACCUACAACCCUCAUCUAAGAGCUCGUCUAGCAGAAUGCCUGGAGGCGAUGUUGCCAAACCACCCCGACGAUCAGCAGCCAUUAAACAGUCUCGCAUCCUUCUACCGUGAGCAGUUGUUUAAAGAACAUCCACACAGAUUACAGAUGGUGCCCUGUCUACUGGACGUGUUCGUCGGCAUCGAGAUGACGGGUCAGAGCGUCGCGUUCGAGCAGAAGUUCAACUACCGCCGCCCCAUGUACCUUGUAAUGGACUUCCUGUGGACCAUGGAGGAGCACAAAGAUGUGUUCACUCGACUGGCCAAAGAAGCUGAAGCCAACAUGGAAGCGGUCCAUCCACCCAUAUUCCUACGGUUCGUCAACCUGCUUAUCAACGACGCCAUUUACCUGCUGGAUGAAGCGCUUGGUAAUAUGGCGCAGAUUCGGACGAUGCAAACUGCACAGGAAUCAGGCGCCUGGGCUAACCUAACCCCGCAAGAGCGCGAGCAGAACUUCGGGAACCUGUCCCACAUCGGCAUGCUGGCCCGCUUCGAUAACAUCCUAGGGCGAGACACCGUCCGCACCCUCGUGCGGUUAACCGCGCAUGCUCCCUAUGUGUUCUGCCAUCCCACGCUGGUCGAGCGGAUCGCGUCUAUGCUCAAUUAUUUCCUGUUACAUUUGGUUGGGCCUAAUAAGAAAAAUUUAAAGGUAAAAGACAUGAAAGAGUUCGAAUUCGACCCCGCUACAACAGUGCUGGACAUCUGCCGCAUGUACGUGGAGCUGGGCAGCAGCGAGCGGUUCUGCGCCGCGGUGUCGGACGACGGGCGCUCCUACUCGCCGCAGCUGUUCACGCUGGCCGAGGCCGUGCUGGUCCGUAUCGGCGGAGGUUCCUUAAUCGGAUCUCUCCAAGAAGUGGCCCAGCGCGUAGCCACCCUAGCUGAACAGAGACAGCGCGACGAAGAGAUCCUCGCCAACGCGCCCGAGGAGUUCCUCGAUCCCAUCAUGAGCACGCUCAUGCUCGACCCCGUCACGCUGCCGUCCUCGCGCACCACCAUAGACCGCACUACCAUCGCCAGACACUUGCUAAGUGACCAGUCGGAUCCCUUCAACCGAUCGCCGCUAUCCAUGGAUCAAGUGAAAUCUAACGUCGAACUAAAAGAGAAAAUCCACGCGUGGAUCGCCGAACAGAGGCAGAAAAUUGCUCAACCCCGGACCAGCGAUACAUAGAUUUUACAAUUUUGUAUGUUGCUUGUUAGUAGACAUACUAGACGUCCUAGUAUCGUCAUAGUUAGUUUUUAAUAUUGUUCGGCCAUUCUUGGCAACAUCGAGAGCAUUUUCAAGAAUGGUAUAACAGUUUUUUAGGUGCGUCCAGAUCUGGCAAAUGCGCUGCUUGAUACCAUUCAGGAAAGGAUCGGUAAAUAUUUGUGUGAAUUUUCAAGUACGUUGUUAAGAGCCGGUGCAAUGUCGCAAAUGGCGCGCUUCCGGCGCAUUUGACAGAUUUGAAUGGACUUUAAAAUUGGGGAGUCUGUAAGAAAUGCAAUCGGUAUCAUAGAAUAAUCGUGUCUGAAUUAUAUCAUUGAUUUUUACCGUUUAUAAACAGCGUCGGCAAUUUGACUUUCAUUUUGUCAGGUUGAUGAUGGCACAGACAACUAAAUUAUUAGACAUGCAAAGUGAAAGCAUUAAGCUUUAUUGUGGGGUUCUUGUAGAGCGCGAUAAUUAACCGCGCGGUCAUUGUUAGCUUAAGCUAUAAAAUAAGUUUUAUACUUGUAAGUUGGUGUGUGUAGGAUUUUCUUCACACCCUGUCCUCAAGUACAGCGUAUAAGGGUAAGCUUGUGACGGUGUCCUAUUGACCAUAGCUGGAUAUCCACCGAACGAACAAAAACACUCGUCUGCUUCAAUACGCAUAAUGAUCGUGUUGUACAUUAGAAAACUAGUUCGAACGUGUACUUUAAUCAUGAGAGAAUAUGGCAUAAACUUGAAUGGCUUCCCCCUGAAACGUUCUGUAGAUAUCCAAUUAUGUAUAGUUAGGUACUAGUUGCCUAUGAGCAUUCAGCGAGUAUUAAGGCAUUAAGGGCCGAUUGCACCAAAUCGUCUGUCAGCGUCAUCAUACUCGUAGUAAUGCUUCCACGUCUACAUGUUCACGUUCAGUGUGGUAGGAAAGUAAUAAAAGCGGCUUGUGAACGGACUGGCGAUACUUUAAUGCAGAGCAAAUGCGCUUUACUAAUGUCAGACAUAUGCCUAAAUAGACAUCGCAUGUAAACCGAUUUGUAUUCAAACUAAAAGUGUCACUUUAUGGGUGACAUUUUAUAACAUUACAAAGGUAAAACAUUGUUGUGUAAUAGACAUGCAGUGAUAUUUAAAACAAGAUGGUGUAAAGCAGCGUUUGCGCAUUUAAAUGGGUUAGUACGUUUUGGGAAUGGUUAGAGUUAAAAAUAAUGGUCUAUUUAGUGCAUAUUCGUUACUUGUAGGUGAUCUAUUUAGAUAUAUGUCUGUGGCUAAAAAUUUCCAAGAACACCAAGAAGAAGACAUAAAUAAGGUCAAUAGGUAAGUUUGGCAUUCGGGUAAGUGUGGCUGGCCGUCCCUUUGGGCGUGUUUACGUAUUGAUUAGUGUUUUUGUUUAUUUCGAGUUCAUACACUUACCACUAAACGCAAGUAGCAAUCGGAUGAACAUGAACUCACAAUGAAUACUAAUCUAUGUGUAAACAGACCCCAUCCCCAAUGUGAAGGCCAUCCACAUUUGUCCUUAUGCCACACUUACCUGUAUCAACCUUAAUUCUGAAUGUUAGUUGUAUAUUAAUGUGAUGUUUUCAUGUCAACCCAUGGUACAUUAGCUUGUUUACAUAAAAUGACUGUGUUCGACCAACAUUCCCCUGUAUGAUUUUCCAUUCAUUCAAGUUAAUGAAAGUAACAACAUUAUAACGAUGAGAACGGUGCAAUUUCAUUUGGUGAACUAUUUUGUGAUAGCUAUAGUAAUAUAGGUUGUUAAAUUUAUUUGUAUUUCAGAAUGUAUUUAUCGUUUUAAUAUAUAUUUAUUAGGUAUUUUUAACUAAUGAAGUAUUCAAAAUUAAUAUGCACUGAAUUUAUUUAAGUGAUAAUGAGAUAUUUACUAUUUUAUAUAUUGAUUUGAAUGCCUACGUUUCUUUCCCUGCCCACUGUUUUUUGUACAAAUGAGUACAAAUUAAUUUGUUACAUCAGUCGAAAAUAUUUAUCAUUAUGACUUGUGCCAAUAAAACAUAGACAAUGUAAGGUUUAUCAUCUGGGGGCCUACCGCGAAAACCGAAAUACGCAAAUUGCGGGAAUCUAUCUCUUUUACUCUCAAUAUGACGUAAUUAGAGUGACAGAGAAAAAUGCUCGCAAUUGACCAACUUUGAUUUUCGCGGUUAUAGCCCAGUGCUCAAAAUAAGCGAGCUACGCACACUUCUGGGACGUAGUAAAUUUCUUGAUAACGAGAUUGAAAGACAAAACAGAUUCGUCAGCGUUUGUUGUAACAUUUGAAAUUGUCGGAAAAAAACUAAUUCGAUUGACUGCGCGUUAUGGGUCAUGGGCUAUGAGUUUAAUUUCGAGUGGUGUAACAACGUGUCCAAAUUCUCGGUUCGCCUGAGAUGCGUCUACAUUUUAAGAUUACAUUGACAGUACCAGUUGGAUAAAACCACUCAUGGGACAUUUUGCAUGCACGGUAAGCACGUAUUGUAUUUUCACGGUUGUCGCUUACGGUAUUAGCUACGAUCGCAACGCACUAAAAUUUGUAUUUAAUUAGCCAAUAGGCUGCGAGUGCGUGGUAGGAGAACUGUAGGUGUGACGUAAUUAAUGGAUGACCCCUAUAAACUUUCGUGGCCUCAAUUUUUCAUAGUAAUUGACAUGUCAACUGUCAAGUAGCUUUUAUAUGUCAUAGCCGCAAGGCGGGCGCCACUGCUAAACACAACCAGCAACAAAAGAGCAGUAUGGAGCGACAACUGAGAAACUACAUUUCCCGUACUUACUCAGCAUUUUUACUUUGUGUUCAUUUGUUUGCAUUUUAUAUCUAAAGCAAAUUGGGAAUGCGGCACAGCAUUGUGAUGAAUGUCAAUAAAACAGAAAACAUA